ACAUUAGCAACCACCAGCUCACAUGGUGCAUGCCUGACUCACCGUGGGGCCUCUCCCAGUCACAGCCUAUGAAUAGACGCUCUUCCUCCCUCUGCGAGAGAAGCCAGAGUGCCCGGAACACCAUGGGGGAAGCCUGAAGGCUUGUAGCCCCCUUGGAAUCUUUUUAUUUUAAAAGACAAAUUUAAUUACCACUUCUUCUGGCUCCUUGAAGCAGCAGAAAAAAGUUCCCCUGCAAGCCUCUGUUCGCCGGAGGAUUAAUGUAGCCUGCUCACCAGCGGGUGACGUAAUCCCGGUGGCUUCCCCGAGCAGAUCUGGGCACUGCCCCGCCGAUGCCUGCUGGGCUAAUUGCUCGCUUUGCACCUGCUCCUUCUGGGGAGGCCCUGGCACCCUAACAUCUGGUGCCUGGGCACCUGCAGGCCCUCGUGGACAGCAAAGCCCACUCCACGGCUCAGGGCAUGGGAGGGUGUUUCCUUCUCAUUCUGCUCAAGGCCAGUUGUUGUUCUUUGAGGGUGUUGCAAACCCCGAGUUCAGAGGGCUGGGCCUGUUGGCGGCCUGGUUGUCUAUCUGGUAGGGCGGUGCCUUCACCCUUGGCAGUGAGCUCCUUCACCCCCGAUGUGCUCUGUGUGGAAUCCCUGGGACAUCAGGGAUCGUCCUCUGUGCCAUCCCAGACUGCAAGCCCUGCAGGGCCCGAAUCCUUACUUAGACCUUCCUCCUCUGGCCGGGACGUGGAGGAGACUCGCCAUCCUCAGCUUUGAACUGGUUCCAAUGGACCCUCCAACUCUGCGAAGCCAGCUCUGGUCCUGUUCUCACGUGACUCCCUCUCCCUCCUUGGAUUCCUCCCUUGGAACUUGUCCCCUGCACCGCUUUUCCCUCUUGCCCAGCGCAGCACCAUUUCAUCCCUGGAAAGGGGAGCUGCAGGCUGUACCACUUUGGAGGCUCUCAUUGACCUGGAGUGAAAUCUUAGCUUGGCCACUUACUAGCCAGGCAAUCUCAGACAGAAAACUGGAGCAGAGAAGACAAAUCCAGCCUGAGCCGAGAGGCCUCUGCUUCGCUGGUCAGGAGAAAGCUACUGCUCGAUUUCUGGUUUGCCCCUCAGCCCGCCGAGCUCCGGGUCACCGGCCUGAACUGCUUAAUGCACAUCACGCCGGGUCUACUUGGAAAUGGCUGAAGGCGCUUAAAUGGAACUCCCGGCCUCCGUCCUCAGCCCCGAAACCACAGAAACUCGGAUUCCUGUCCUCACAGCUGGAACCUCCUCUCUGCACUAAUUGGAAAACCGUCCUCUGGGAAAUGGGGCAUCUUUAUUGAGUCGAUCUUUGGCGAUGACUAUGUCAACUGGCAAGAUGAAGCUUACAGCGGGGAGAUGAAGGCACUAAAACCUUCCCAGUGCACUGGUUCCAGGCCUGGCUCCAAGAAGCCAAGCUGACCCGACAGAUAUGCAGACCCCAAUCUGGAAAAAACUAAGGGUGGAAUUAAGAAAAAGCUGGCUAGAAAGGCCAGGGUCAACCCAGCUAAUGAUUCUCCAGUUUUCUCCCCCUUCUCCUUGCUGACAGUAGCUCUGAAUAUUAGCUGCACAAGGAAGACCACCUUUCCCAGACUCCUCGCAGUUAGAUAUGUUCAUGCGACUAAAUCCCCAUUAAUAAGAAUGCAGAUAUGGCACAGUUGCUCAUGCCUGUAAUCCUAGC